CAAUUUAACUAAUUUUAAUACUUAAGUUAUUAAUACAUAAAAAUGAGUUUCAUAAUGAAUUGUUCUAAAUUAAUAAGUACAAAAGUAAAUAAUAUAUAUAAAUUUGGAGGUUAUUUAAGCCGUCGUAGAGCAUCUGUUACAGAUUUUAAAAUUAAAUGGAUACGACCAAAAGAAAUUUCAUCUCUAGAUCCACGACAAACCGGUGAUUUAGGAAUAGAUAUACCUGUAAAACCAACUGAUAUUAAACUUUAUUAUCAAAAUUCAAAGGAAUUGGAGGAUGCAAGUGAUAUUGUACGUAACAUGUUUACCGUGGCGUUUCAAACAAAAAAAGAAGCAAGAAAUUUAGAGAGAGAGGGUACAAUAAAUCUUGUAAAAAGGCACAUUUGUGAUCGAGGUUCUUCCGAAGUUAAAAUUGCUGCAAUGACUAAUGAAAUACAGUUCCUUCAAAAAUAUAUGAGUGAUAAUCCAAGAAAUAAGAAAACCAAAGUAUUUCUAAAAGAAUUAAUUGAUAAAAGAAAUAAAUAUCUGAAGUUAAUGCGCAAAUGGGAUUAUAGACGAUUUGAAUGGCUACUUGAACGUUUGAAUCUUAUUUAUCUUCCACAACCAAAAAAUGCUGUUAAAGUGUCAAGAAAAGAUUCAUUAAGAAAACUGACAAAUGAAUAUUGUUCCAAUGUUAUAAAACAGAAAUUGAAUGAAUAUAGAGAUGAAUUAAGAAAAGAGCAAGAACUAUUUUAUGCAGAAAAGGCAGAAAAACUGGCUCUUAUUUUAAAACAAGAAAAAGAGUAUGGUUUAACACCAAGUGUAACAGAAAACGAUAUUAAAGAUGCAUUGAAGAAAGUAGAAGAAUUAUCAAGAAAGAAUGUAUAA